AUGAAAUCUCAUGACAGACUAAACUCCUUGAAACACCAUUUAGAGGUAGUGAGCGACGAUAUUGUUAUAGUAAAGGAUGAAGAUAAUUACGGCGACUAUGAAGAUAGCUUUGUAGAAUAUUUUAAUCAACGUGGGCAUCGCUUUUUGGCAUUAAUUAUACCGGCACAUGGGACAUUAGAUUCGUUCGAAGGACUCAUUAAUAAUGUAAAGGAGUCCCCAAUAGAAAAUACUGAACUGAACAGGAAUGUGUGCGUGUCAUUCUCUCGGAUGAUAACUUUUCAGAUCCUACCAUCCAGAAGUUCUGUUUUAUCGCUGUCGCAUUGUUUCCGCCUAGUGGAGGAAAUCAUGUGUAUAUUUGGCUAUGAAUUCUUAAAAUCAAUCAACAGCUUAGACAAUGACAUGAAAGACGAACCUAAAGGUUAUCUUCACUACUAA